GACUUUUCGAACGAUCAUCAGUUGACUAGUACCCAACGCUCAACAAUACAACCGUCACCAUGAAGUUCGCUCUUGUUCUGCUUGCCCUGUUCGCGGUGGUGUGCAUCUGCCAGGCUUACCCACAGCCUGCCGAGGAUGCGAACGCUCAGGGAGCACAGGCAUCCCAAGGAGCUCAGGCAUCUCAGGGAGCUCAGGGACAGGAGCAGGCUUCUAGUUCCAAGUCCGAGGCCGAGAUCAUCGCUGAGCUGAAAGCCAACCCGAAGGGACGCUUUUGGGGAGCGCUUGCUAGUAUCGUUGGUAACCUCGUUGUAAACUGGAUCAACCGUGGAUAAGGUAUUAAAGCAACGAUAGAAACUUA